GCAAGUGGAACGGGAAAAAUUGCGGUCGUGAGCGUGAUCGUUGUGAACGCUUAGUGGAACGCACCCUAAAUGUGAUUUCGUAGUUGAUAGUUCAUUCAUUCAUACUAUAUAGGUCUAUGUUCAUUCAUCAUUCAUCGCCAUCUGACGUUUGUUUUGAAACUUUUAAAAAGUAACGUAAAAUUAAGGUCUCAAAAAAUCCUACGACUGUGUUAGAAAUAAAGUGCGAAAGAUGGAUAAUCCUAUAAUGACUCCGAAUAAAAUACAAAGGCUGCUAAACUUAGCAGAAGAUAGGUCUUUCCAAAACGCACGUCUCAGAGAGAUGAGUGACGAUGAUAUGAAAAGGAUUGCUGCACAAAUAAUGGUCAACAAAUCAACUUUCAACUGCGAAUCUUCUUCCGGUAUUUUAGACUUGGAACGAGUUGAAGCCUUUGGUGAAUCAGUCUCUGAAAAUAUAUCCCUCAGUAAAUCGACAGCAUUCAAUCCCGGAGAAAUGACAGGGCGAUCAACUGGGGCAGAUGAAAUAAAUUCUAAAACGGCUCCAAUCAAUCGUCAUUCUGUCACACUAGAUAGCAUCACUAAUAAGAUGAACAGACAAACUCUGGAGGUCCAGGAUAUUAUGAGACACUCAAUUGCUUCAGAAUUCUCAUUUCAGUCCAAAAGGGAUUUAUCAGCUGAUGAAGAAUCUUUGAUACGAAGGGAAGCUCCGCUACCAAUACAGCAGACACAAGCUCAGUUUCCUGACAGUAUUUCAAUGGACAACUCUAACUUAUCAGUGGGAGCUUAUUUUAAAUACAGAUGUCCGGAUUUUGCUCGAAUGCUUGGCAAAACGGAUAGCCCUGAUAGAUCAGCGUUUCCGAGCGUCACUGAAGCUUCAACAAACGCUACUUCAAAAAUAAUACCAAAGAAUUUAAAUACCAUUAUGGAUAACACCUUAGAUUCCGUGCCGGUUCGGCAACCGCGCGAGACUAACAUUGAAAAACAGAGCACGAACAGAGCUGCGGCCAGCAAAACGAUUGAAAAAGCUUCUUUCAAAAUUCCAUUAUCCUGCGAUAAAAACAAAGAAGUGCCAUCUGCGGUUAAACUCCAGCAGCAACCGACGUACAACAUGCAGGGAUCCGUUACUUUGAACCCAGGAGCACAGGGCAGACACAAAGGCAUACAUUCUGCAAUGACUCCCACCGAUGUUCUGAUAAAGAACCUACAGGCCUCUUUGAAAUUAACUUCUGACGAAACUGAUGAGUUAACUGAGAAUUCUUUUAGUAUAUCCAAAAUAGCCGAUUAUCUAGGAGGAAAACAUUCAAAUGUGAGUGUAAGUGAACUACUACAAAAUUACAUGAAGAAACAACCGAAUAGAAAAUCACCACUGACAGAGCUGCAAAUGAAUAAACAAGAGAGCAAAUAUGACUCUGAACCAGUGACUCUCCUGAAAGAUACGAAAAAGGGCGAGACGGCCAGCUCUACAGCUUCAGUGAGUACCGUUAUCACUUUGGACAAUGUUCAACAAAUUCAGAAGCAAAUACCUGAAGUUAUAAUCACCAAUCACACUGUACACGAAAUGGAAAUGGAAGAUAUGAAAAAUAAAAGAUUGACUAGAUCAAGAUCCCCGUCAAGCAAAAGCCAAUCUACGAUAAUCACUGUUCAAGAGAAAUCUAGUUUUAAAUCUGGGGACAGUCCUAUACAUCCAAACAAAGGAGAGCCUAGUACGUCACACGCUCCCUCCCCAAACAGUAAAUACAAAGAGUUAGAUAAGUCUGUAGAUUGGCACGAGGUAAUGCAACUGAAACUUUUGAAACGAGAGGCUUUGGCUAAAGAACAAUGGGCUGAGAUAACGACAUCACUUGUUCACGGAUUUGUAGGUGUCAGUUGUGCAAUAACCAUAACCAUAACAACAAAAACAGAAAAUUGGUUAACGGCCAAAUUCAAAUUUGAUGACCUACCCAAUGGAGGCAAGGACUUAAACAUCGAACUGCCAAGAUUACCGCUGCUUUUAUCGCCCGGAAAAUCGGAGCAGUUCACUUUACAUAUCACAUCGAACGUUGAAAUAGAGGCGACCCUACCGUUUACGAUUUAUCUAAAAGAUGCCGCCAUAGACAGCGAAGUCGAGCAGAAAGGCAAUGUUGAUAUUAAUAUUCAAAUGCCAGUCGUUCAAGCGGUGUCGUGUGACGGCAUGAACAUGAUCUCCUUUCAGCCGAUCCAAGAGAAAUGUUCUCUCGUGAAAUCGUUCGUUUUAGUCAGCGAAUCUCAAGUUGAUCUACAAUUGGACAUGUCUAUAGCGGAGGGCGAGAGUAUGUUUGCUAUAAAGAAUGUUCAAGAGAUAAAAAGGAGCGAAAUCAACAAGGUGUUAUUGGACCGCCAAGGGUCGAAUGAUGAGACACAAGGAAAAACUAAAAACAAAGGAAUGAAUAAGCAAUUGUUUAGACUAGCUAGUGGAAACGCAAUCAGAGUUACCAUCAAGUUUAUUGCACCUGUGCUCUCAGAAUUGAAAAUUGCUGAUCCAAUCGUGACGUUUAAUGGCGCGUUGCAUGUUAAUUUGAUCGGUGUCAAUACAGUUCUGAGGAGAGUUGAUUUAAUUGGAAUCGUGGGAACGGUUAAACUCGUCGUCAACGCACCCAAUAGACUGCAAUUAACCAAAGAGGCGAUCAGCAUAAAAGUACAAAAUGCCGGUUCAAUACCAGGAACGUGGAUAGCGAAGCUGAGAAGUGACUCUUCGGUAGAGAUUCCAUUUAAAGUCGCGCCGUCCAACUUCGAGUUGCAGCCUGGCGGUACGAAAACCGUUAAUUUGAACUACGACGGCGCUGAAGGUGUUGUCUGUAACGCAAAGUUAAUAUUCGAAGAAACAGCAUCCUUUCAUCAGACAUCAAUUGAAAUUUCUGGUGGAACAGAGAAGCCGAAAACGUUUCCGAUAAAAACGAAUUUCAACAUUAUGUCUUGGGUGCGAGGCGGCAGAAAAGAAUUGAGUUUAAAAAAUUCUUUAAAUAAAAGAAUACAAAUUCGUUGUCAAGUUUUCGGAGAAGGUUUUUCUGUGGAUCUACCGCGCGGCGAUAACAGGGGUAUCUAUAGUCUCACGUUUGGACCUAUGGAGUGUAGACCGUUGCCGAUAAUAUUCUCGCCCACCACCAACCACCCUCAAGCGGGGAUGUUAAAUUUAAUGUUAGACAAAAACAGUGAUUAUUCGAGAAAGGUGAAACUAUUUGCGUGUGCCAGUGGAGAGAAUAUGCGUUGGUCGGGCCUGGUCACGUAUGGCGACACCGCACUAGUGCGCGCCGUCACUAGGAUGCCAAUUAACUUGGAGCUUUACAACAAAUCAGCCAUGCCAACUUUUGUAUGUGCGCGAGUACAUUUUAAUUUACAAUACAUGUCAGUGUCAAAAACAGCUUCCUGGCUGGGCGACCGGUGCGUCGUGAAGCCACGUUCUCGACAUACGGUGUCGCUGCAGGUUGACUGGGCGCAAGUCGAGCGCAGAGCUCGGGACACUGCCACCGCUACGGCCCUGGCUACCGUCACUUUGCUCACUGGACACGAAUACACCAGAAGAAGGAUACUGAGAGUACUGCGAAAUAAUACAAGUGAAGGUUUAGAUACCUCAAUUUUACCUGACCACUUGAAAGUACUGGCCGGCCAGUUCGAAGGUGAAGAUUCCAAUAUGGACAAUUUUUUGAAAGAAUUUGAAGAAUCAAAAGUUUCAUUGAAUGAACUGAUUGGGGGUCUGCAAGAGCUGACCGCGCAAAUAGAGCUACUGCAAGAUUUCCCUGAAGAAAAUACUAUUAUAAUUAGUGAUGAUACAGUUAUAGAACAUCACACGCUCUGCGAUUAAGAUCAUAAUUUUACAAAAUAAUGCCAUAAUAGUUUGUCAUAACAGUAUUUCCAGUACUUAACAUUAAAUUAGGAUAAUGAUGAAAUUUUGUAUAAGUUUUUUAAUUUUAAAAUAAAUUAUCAAUUCAUUUUACGUAAACAUGUUUAAUUU